CAUUCAUUUUUAAUAACCCACGUGAAAAGCACCUAAGUAUUUUUCAGAUGGAAUCUUUUUGCACCAGUUGAUUAGCGCACCAGUUAGCGCCAGUUGGACUGGACUCUAGAUGAGGGCGGACAGGAAACAGGCGUCCAGACUGAUUUGGAGAUUGAUCUGGUUUUUCAUACAAUGCAGACCAGGGAAGGACCCGAACAUCUUAAGUUUCAAGACUCUGGCGAACUGACACAGCACCCCCUUUGGUCUGUGGAUCUGAAAUUUAACCACUUGGACUGGAGCCCUGAAGCCACUCUGAUACACUUCCAGGGACAGUACCCUUCCACAUGUGACCUGGACUACAACAUCUUGCAGCAAGAACUUCAAAACGUUCCAAAAACUAAAGCUGCAGUGGAAGUCGCUGGUUUCUGUCUGGUUGAAGAUGUGACUUCAGCUCAGUGGUACCGUGGAAGAGUUCAAAACAGAAAGGGGGGCUUGCAUGAUGUUUUCCUGAUAGAUUACGGAAAUGUCCUGAGUGUCGAUGUGGCUCACAUAUCCUCCUGUUCGGAUGACCUGUUUAUUCUGCCUCCAAAAAUAGUCAGUGGGUUUCUGGCAAAUGUGCUGAUUUUCCAGAAUUCUUCUCAAUCCCUUAUUGAGCGAUACUUCUCAACCCUGAUUGGCAAAAAUGUUACAGGUUUCAUCCAAGCACUUCUUCCUUACAAAAUCCUUCUGUUGGAAGCACCUGACAUCAACUAUGAUCUUGUUCAACAUGGAUUUGGGAGGCAUGUGGACAGAGAUACAUUCCUUCUCCUGGUCAGCAUGCUUACUGAGGGGACACUUAAAGAAAAUGUGGAGCCAGUUCCUGACCUGCUCAUUGAAAAAUCGAGAGGACAAGAAUUUUGCUAUAAAUCAUCAAGCUUUCAUGGAUUUCAGGACAUUUUGUCUAUCUGUGGGCCAAAAUUAAGUAUUGGGAAGCGUGCAAAAGUGCAAGUAACUGCUGCUGUCAGUCCUAGGCUCUUCUACUGUCUGAUGGCUGAUGCUGCACCCGAGUUUUUGCAAGUUUCAAAGAAGCUGGCUGAAAUUUGUGAGGACAAAAUGAAAAGACACAGUUGGAAGACUACAGAUAACCUGGGUAAUUUAUGUGCAGUUAAAGGGAAAGAUCAGAGAUGGUACAGAGGCAUUGUGCAGUUUCUGCUUGCCGACUCUCUAGUUAGAGUUUUCUUCAUUGACUACGGGUUUUUUGAGAUGGUGAAAAUAGAGAACGUCCAAAGCUUACCACCUGAAUUUUUCUCAAAGCAAAUCAUGGCAUUUCCAUGUACUCUGCCGCCCCUGGCUGACCAGGAAACAGCGUUCAGAACUCAGCAGCUCUCUUUUCUUAAGGCAGGCUUACUGGGAGCAGUUCUGAAUGUAGAGAUCAUUGGUUUUGCUAAAGCUAAUCAUUUGUACACAAUCAGGGUUUUAAGUGAUGGAGAUGCACAUGUGGAGGAACCUGAGCGUUUCCAAAAUCUUUGCUCUCAGUCAGUUUCAAAUGUUGAGGAUACGACACCUCAGCACAGACAUGAGAACUACAAGGCAAUCCUGUGUGAAGCUCUAUGCCAAACUCUAGAAGCAGAGGAAGUGCAGGUUGGCUCUGACUUUUUUGGCUACGUUGAGUAUGCGAAGGAUCCAAACCACUUCUGGAUCAGAACAGAGAAACGCAAUCAGGAGUUCGAGGAAAUGAUAACCAAAAUCAAUGAGCAUUUCACUCCAAUAAAGCUAGAGGAAGAUGUUCUGCUGAAUCCAGAGGUAGGGACCAUGUGCUGUGCUCUUUAUGAGGAAGACAUGCAUUUCUACAGGGGCAUGGUGAUAGACGUUAUCAAGCAUGGAGCUGAAAUCCUUUUUAUCGACUUUGGGAAUGUCGAGAAAGUACCACACAAUUUAAUAAAAAAGAUACCCAGGCAGUUUACAAGCACGCCCCCCUUUGCCAUCUGUUCCACACUUGUCAGUGUUUUUCCUUUAGAUGAAGUCUGGCCCAGUAGGACAUGUCAGUUCUUCAGAAGAGCUGUUUCCAACAAAACCCUGCUCAUCAAUCUAAAGGAAAUUAAAAACAACCUCGUUGUCGUCGACUUGUUUGAGAGGGGAAGCAGCAUCAGUAUAGCUGAGCUCUUGAGCUCAUCCAAGCUUGCCGAACACAUUCCCCAAAAGCCUGCAGACAAAAGUAACAAAGAGCUGUCACACUAUGAAGCAAACAGGGCUACAAAGAUGGGGAAGUGGCAGAGUUGUGAUGAGGGAGUGAAUAAAACGGAGGAGGUUAAAGCCAAUUCCAUGUUUAAGGCUUUAAAGAUCAAGCCAGGGUUUGAACUCUCUGUACACUGCUCACACAUAACCUCCCCAUCUGAUUUCUGGUGCCAGCCUCUAGAUGGGAUUCCAGCUUUGAAGGAGCUCAUGAAGGAAAUCCAGCUGUAUUAUUCAGCCCACACAGCCCCCCUCCAGCCUAACGAGUCUUGUUGCGUUGCCAAGUCACUCCAAGAUGGAAGAUGGUACAGGGGCUAUAUCAUUAGAAAUGAGAAGAGUCACACCUUAGUGAUGCUGGUUGACUAUGGCUCUGUUAUUCAGGUCAGAAGUCAUGAUCUACAGGCAAUUAUGCCAGAGUAUCUUCAUCUGGAAGGACAAGCUUUCAGGUGCAGCCUUUCUACCCUGAUUGAACCAGCAGAUCCCAAAUACUGCAGUGAUUGGAGUCCACAUGCGUGCACCUUGCUGAAAAGUUUUGCCUGCAAUGCCAGGGGUAUUCUGAAAUGUAGGGUCAUCUCACAGUUGAACAUGAAAAAAGUAGGUUUGUGCAAUGUUGUUUCUCUCCAAAACAGCAAAACACAAGAAGAUUUUGCAAAGACACUCACAGAGCUAGGACUUGCAAGGGUAGCAAGUUCAUCAAAAAGGCAAAACUCUGAUGUACUCCCUGAGACUUUUACCUACUCAUCAUUUGAACUAAGUCCAGGAGCUGAAGAACUGGUCUAUGUCACACACGUCAGCAGCCACUAUGAAGUCUACUGCCACCUUGAGAGGAACUCAGAAGUAAUCGAAGAACUAGCUGUUAACAUCUCCCAGGAGAGUGAAAACAUAAUGCAAGCCAGCACAGGACCUGUUGUGACGAGACUGUGCCUUGCAAAAUACUUGGAUGGUAAAUGGUACAGGGGCAUGAUGCUACCCACUCCGUCGUCCCUGCAUGUUGGCGUGUUCUUCGUCGACUACGGAAACACUAACAUAUCUGACAAAAAGUCCAUUCUGUUGAUUACAAGGAGCUGUGAAGAGCUGUUGUACACGCCUAUGCAGGCUGUAAAAUUUAACCUCUAUUCAGUGCCCACAACUGAGCUUUAUGUGGACAUUCAGGAGUGGCUUUCUAAAGCACUCAUCAACAAGCUUGUUAAAGCAGUACUGCAAGGGAAGAGGAACGAUGGAUCAUUUGAUGUCGAGCUGUUUGAUGGAGACAUCAGCAUCAAUGAGAAGGUAAAAGAGCUCAUUCUGAGUUCUCAGAAACCAAAUGCUGCAGCCACAUGUAAGGUAAGCAGCACAAAAACUAAAAAGAACCACAAUUUAAAUAAGGGAAAAUGUCAAUCUAAAAGUGCAAUGCAAAGGCAGGGUGCAUCACCAUCUAAAGUUCUUAAUGGAGCAAAAAUGAGAAACACCCAAAAACCGGCUCAUGGUAGGUCUCCAAACAGGAACUCAGGAGCAAAACAGACAAAUGAGCACAACACGAGGAAAACGGGUCCUAUAAAACCUCAAACCAGGUUUACAAAUGGAAGCCAAAAGUCACAGCCAACACGGCAGAGGAACGAAGGGAGAAAAUCCCAGCCGGCACAGUUACUUGAUAAACACAUAAAUCCCGGCUUUAAGGCAAAAUGUUUCGUGUCCCACAUCGACUCCACCAGCAGCUUCUUUCUACAGCUGUCAGACGAUGAAUUGGCCAUCUUUAAAAUGGGGGAAUACCUUAACUUUAGUGUCCUUAAGAAUUCCUUGAAGACAGCCUCCCGCUUGAGCAUUGGGGAUGUUGCUUUGUCCGAGUUUGAGGAGGACGGCGCUCUGUAUCGUUCAGUUGUGAAGAACCAGGAAGACAUAUCUCAUUACAGUGUGGAGUUUGUGGACUAUGGAAAUUCAGCAGUUGUAGAAAAAGAACAUAUUUACCAAAUACCAGAGGAGUUCCUGUCCCAGCCAAGGUUCAGCAUACCAUGUUCACUGAUGAACACAGCAACAUAUAGAGACGAGACAUCUUUCGCUAAAGCUGCUUUGGAGAAUCCGCUCAUGGUGGAGUUUGUUUGUCAGCAAGGCAUCCAGUGGCAGGUCAAGGUUGGGGUUCUUAAUGGAGAAGCUCAAGUAGAUUCAACACAUGGUUGUGUUUCUGAGACGAAACGCAAAGAAGAGUCUCCCUCACCUUUGUCUGAAUCCAUUAAGAACUCAAGUCUAGAACAGUGCAGGGAAGUAGGAUCUGUUAUAAAAAGCAAGAGUUCAGUGCCAGAGCAGUCGGCCAAACAACAGGCUCAAAACAAUGGAAAAUCUUCAAUGUCUCUCUCAGUCACAAGGGAUCAACUAGAUGCAGUCCUCCCUCAAACAAAUCAGAUCAAAAACAACGAAACUGGAACCAUCCUCUCACUCCAGAGAAACUGUAGCUUUUAUGUCAGACUUACUAAAGAUCACAAAGUUCUCACAUCAAUGGAAAUGCACUUGAUAGACAACAUAAAGGAGUACAAGAUUGUGCCUGAAGCAGAUAUCAGACAAGGCCUGAAAUGCUUGGUCCAGGCUGGUGACGGCAAGUGGUGGAGGGCUGUCAUUCUGCACAUACGCAAGAUAAGGCUAGAGGUUUUUCUGGUGGAUCAUGGAGUGACAGCAGACAUCAAAAGAGGGCCUGUCCGACAGCAGUGUACCUACCUGGAGAAUAUCCCAAACCUUGCUCGAUUGUGCAAGAUCAAAAGUCCUGUUUUGGUUGAGGGAGAAACUGUUCACCAGGGCUGGUAUGAAGGGCUCCAACGACUAGUAGGUACCAAGGUCAGGCUAGUUUCUUUGAGUUUUUCUGAGGCUGAUGAAGUUUGGCUAGUUGAAAAAGUCCUGAGUUCACAUUCGAUUGUGUCUCAAGUUAAGGCCUUGAUGCAGCAGAAAGGGGAAAAUGUGGCCGCAUCAGCUGCAACCCAAAUAGAGAGCUUACCAAAUGGACUCGGUGUAGAUGGGUGGACUCCGCAGCUAAUCUCCUGUGCUCCUCUUGAGACUGAUAAAGCAUAUCUUGGCUCUGUGGCUGCGGUCAACACUCCCUCUCAGUUUAGUGUUAUGCUUUAUGAUUUGCUACCCAUCAUGGACAAAGUUAGCAUCUUGUUGGACAACCUCCCUGAGAACAUACCAACUCUGCCCCAAGCCGACCUUGUUCCAGGGGCCUGCUGCCUGCUCUUGUCCGGAUCUGAGAUGUGGUGCAGGGCUGAAAUCAAACAAAUAGAAACCAUAUUGACCCUGAACCUCGUCGAUUACGGACAUAAUGUGAGCAUACCGUACGAUGAGUUCUCCAAGUUGAAGCGGCUUCCACAGGAGCUAGCUGAUCUUCCAAAGACAACUUACCCGUGUGUACUGAGGGGGGUAAAGUCAGCUAGCCUGGACGGACAGUGGAGUGAUGAGGCAGCCGCCUUCUUCCAGCUAUGUUUGGUCGAGAAGAACAUGCAGAUCUUCUUCAGAGAGCUCGGCACCAACUCCACCUGGGCAGUGGACAUUCUCGCCGAUGGAGUUUAUGUCGCAGAGGAGCUGGUGGCCGCUGGACAUGCCAACAACAUAGAUGUCCUCCUUGAACACAGGCUCCACAUGUCAAGCGUCUCUAAACAUCUUCAAGUCUGUGAUGCUGAUCAGCAGGAGGCCUCUAGUGAAGUCUGCUGUGGGGCAAAGGUUUCCUGAUGUGAAGUUUCUUCAACCGUUUUCUGCAGCAGUUCUUCAACUUCCACUUUGUUUACAUUUUUGUUUCUGUUUUUGUUUGAUUUUCUAAGAUGGCUUUUAUUCCUUAAGAUUAAUUGAAGUGCGUUUGUUCGGAAAGGAUUACAUGAAGAAUUACAUUUGAUGUUAAAUCCUCUUUAAAUGCUAUAUAUAUAUAUAUAUAUUUUUUUUUUUAGAAGGAUAAUCUUU